UUGUCCCGCGGCUGUAGCAAUCUGUGGUGAAGUUGAAAUACUUUUCUGCUGGACUGGCAACAUGCUUUGAUUCUUCUCAAAUAACUUGCAAGCUAUUAUGAAGCACAUCGGCUUACCUUGCCCUGAAGGAAACACAUUCUAAGGCCCACAAAUGAUUAAACCCAGCAAUUUAUGUGACAAUAGCAUUUUUAUUUUUCUUAUCAAGAUCUGGCUAUUUGAUCCACAUAAUGGUAAAGAUUCUCAAGUUAGCCACCAUCUAGAUGAUUCAAACUGAUGAUACUCUCUGCAGAAGAGAUGACCACAAACGCAGCCCCUGUGACACAAACUGGAGAUACUAUGGAGAUAGCUGCUACGGGUUCUUCAAACACAACUUGACAUGGAAAGAGAGUAAGCAGUACUGCACUGACAUGAAUGCUACUCUACUGAAGACUGACAACCAGAACAUUCUGUGGAUGGAAGUCAAGGACUCCAAUAUCUCACAAGAUGAAAGAAUCCCAAGUCUCAUUUGGAGGAAUGUUAUCACUAACUAGGAUUCCUGGAGCUAAAACAUUACGUAAGAUAUAAACUUUUAUUGUGUUAAGUUGCUGAUAUUUUGAGGUUUAUUUAUCACAGUAACUAGCAUUACACCAACAGAUAUACAGUAUGUAAAUUUAGCUUAAGGUAGAAAUCCCUUCCUAGCUUUGUUGUUUAAGUCUACCCAGUGAUCUCCCACUCUUUACACCCUGGUUUGCCCAGUGUGAGUUAUCUAGGUCACCCCUAUGCUUCAUCUCCUAUACCAAAUGCAAGUGCGUUCUUUGCACUUACAUCUUUUUCUUCUGAACUCACUGCUAUCACCUUCAACAUCUGCUACAUUUUGGAAACCAGAUAAAAAAUGUUCUAUCAUUGGUCAUUCUGAAUUCAAUUCUCUCUCAUUUCCUUUUUCAUCAGGUUGUGUUUUGGCUUAGACUUCAUAAACUUCCACUUUCUGAAUGAAGGUGCAUCUAUUCUACUCCUUAAACACAAACAUAGUUUCCCACUACUGUGAAAAUGUAACCAAUUUCAGUUCUUUCACCAACCUGCUCCAAACCACAAGAGGAGUUAUUUGUUCCAGCCUCCUGUGUGGACUGCUUUCCUAUCAAAGCACCUCAGACAUGCAUGAGGAAGAAAUAUACACCUCUCUUCAGUGGGAUAGUCCAGCACCAAACACUUACCAGAAAUGUCUCUCUUGCAACAAAUGUUCAGGAGCAUGCUGUCUUGUGAUGGUGAUUUCAUGUAUUUUCUGCAUGGGGUUAUUAACAGCAUCUAUUUUCUUGGGCGUCAAGUUGUUGCAGGUGUCCACCAUUGUGAUGCAGCAGCAAGAAAAACUCAUCCAACAAGAGAGGGCACUGCUAAAUUUUACAGAAUGGAAGAGAAGCCAUGUCCUUCAGAUGAAAUUUUGUCAAACCUUCAUGCAAAACUCUUUUAGCUCAGCCCAUAACUGCAGUCCUUGUCCAAACAAUUGGAUUCAGAACAGAGAAAGCUGUUACUAUGUCUCUGAACAUUGGAGAGUUUGGCACACCAGUCAAGAGAAUUGUUUAAAGGAAGGUUCCACACUGCUACAAAUAGACAGCGAAGAAGAAAUGGAUUUUAUCACUGGCAGCUUGAGGAAGAUUAGAGGAAGCUAUGAUUACUGGGUGGGGUUGUCUCAGGAUGGACACAGCGGACGCUGGCUUUGGCAAGAUGGCUCCUCUCCUUCUCCUGGCCUGUUGCCAGUAGAGAGAUCCCAGUCAACCAACCAAGUCUGUGGAUACAUCAAAAACAGUUCCCUUCUUUCGUCUAACUGCAGCACUUGGAAGUAUUUUAUCUGCGAGAAGUAUGCAUUAAGAUCCUCUGUCUGAAAGAAAUUGUAUUCAAAGUGUUCUAUUACACUAUUAUUUGGAACAGGCCUUUGGAAAACCCACCCUCCAACACCCCCGCAAAAAAAAAAAAA